AGGGCAUCCCCCAGACAUCCGGGGUUCCAAGUCCACGCAGGAGUCCUACCCCUCUGGAGAGUACAGAUGGUGAGCACAGCCAGAGCUGCUGUUCCUCCUGCAGUGCUGGAGGGGCGCCUCUUGUCUCAGCACAUUCCUGUCCCAUCACUGUCUUCAUGUCCACAAUCAAGACCCUGAACCUGUCCAGGACAGUGAAGGCUAGAGAGGGGUGCCUAGACACAGCCCAGUGGGACUCCCCCAAAUCCUGUUAAGCAUCCAGUCAGUAUUCUCUGGGUCUCUGGACCCUAGCAGGAGCCCCCUCCCCACUGGCAGCUAGCCCUCAGCUCACCCACCCUGGGGCCUCGGGCAGUUGGCGUGGGAGCAGAAUUCAGGGAAUUCCUUGGGCUGGGCAGGGUAUGCGUGGGCUGGGCCAGCCCUGGCCCCUUCCUCCCAUCCUCACUGACCCCAUCUCUCGCUGACCUCAGCCAGCCAGCCUGCAGGAGAAAGGGCCCAGUGUGCUCCGUGCAGGGCUGUGCCAAGCAGCCCCCAACAAAGGAGCUUUUGGUGCACCCAGUGCAGGGAUGUCAGCCUGUGGCAGGGCAGGGGUGGGCUGCCUCAGUGCCCUCCCUGAGAUGUAGCACCAGCCUCCCAUCCCAGCCACACUGCCUGCCUGAUGUGGCCUGUGUGGUGGGUCCAGCUCCAGGCCCUGCUGUCCUUGGCCUGGCUUGUCCCUGUGGCUUCAGGCACCCCCUUCCACAGAUGCCCAGAUAGAUGCCCGGGUGUGGCUUGCAGAUCCCCAGCUUUCCUGGGCAGCAGCCGCCCCUACCUCCAAGAGGACUUGGCUCCUGAUGGAAGCCCCUUGGUGGUCUAGCCUGCCCCCACCAGAUGGCACUGGGGCAUUCGGGCUUCUCAAGUCCACGGAUCUGGGUCGGCACAGCCUCCUGUACCUGAAGGAGAUUGGACAUGGCUGGUUCGGGAAGGUGUUCCUGGGGGAGGUGACUGCAGGCGUAAGCAGCGCCCAGGUGGUGGUGAAGGAGCUGAAGGCCAGCGCCAGCGUGCAGGAGCAGGUGCAGUUUCUGGAGGAGGCCCAGCCCCACAGGGCCCUACAGCACAGCAACUUGCUCCAGUGCCUGGCCCAGUGUGCUGAGGUGACACCUUACCUGCUGGUGAUGGAGCUCUGCCCCCUGGGGGACCUCAAGGGUUACUUGCGGAGCUGCCGGGUGACAGAGUCUGUGGCACCCGACCCCCUGACCCUGCAGCGCAUGGCCUGUGAGGUGUCCUGCGGUGUCCUGCACCUGCACCGCCACAACUAUGUGCACAGCGACCUGGCCCUGCGGAACUGCCUGCUUACAGCUGACCUCACGGUGAAGAUUGGCGACUAUGGCUUGUCCCACUGCAAAUACAGAGAAGACUACUUUGUGACCACUGACCAGCUAUGGGUACCACUGCGCUGGAUCGCGCCCGAGCUGGUAGACGAGGUGCACAGCAACCUGCUCGUGGUGGACCAGACCAAGGCCAGCAAUGUGUGGUCCCUGGGUGUGACCAUCUGGGAGCUCUUUGAGCUGGGUGCACAGCCCUACCCUCACCACUCAGACCGGCAGGUGCUGGCCUAUGCCAUCCGCGAGCAGCAGCUUAAGUUGCCCAAGCCCCAGCUGCAGCUGACCCUGUCGGAUCGCUGGUAUGAGGUGAUGCAGUUCUGCUGGCUGCAGCCUGAGCAGCGGCCCACAGCUGAGGAGGUGCACCUGCUGCUGUCCUACCUGUGCGCCAAGGGCGCCAACGAGGAGGAGGAGGAGGAGUUUGAGCAGCGCUGGCGCUCUCUGCGGCCGGGCGGGGGCGGUGUGGGCCUCGGUUCAGCGGCGGGCGGUCCUGCGCUGGGCGGCGCCGCGGACAACGCGGCCGCCUCGUCCUUCCCGCUGCUGGAGCAGUUCGCGGGCGAUGGCUUCCACGCGGACGGUGAUGACGUGCUGACGGUGACUGAGACAAGCCAUGGCCUGAACUUCGAGUACAAGUGGGAAGCGGGCUGUGGCGCCGAGGCCUUUCCGCCGGAGGGAGGUGCUCUAAGCCCUGGCCGCGUCGUGUGCUUGCAGGAGCUGUGCCCGCCGGUUUGUGCGCCCCCUGGCGUGGUGCCCGUGCUCAGUGCGCGCAGCCCGUCGUUGGGCAGCGAGUAUUUCAUCCGCCUAGAGGAGGCCGCGUCCGCCGCCGGCCACGACCCCGACUGUGCCGGCUGCGCCCCCGGCCCCCGCGCCGCUGAGCAGGAUGACAACUCUGAUGGCAGUGUCAAUGAAUCACUGGCAACAGAGCCGCUGAUGGGCCAUGCGCAGCCCGACGACAGCCCCUGGGACAGCUGUGAUCACCACCAGCGCAGGAACCUCGCCGGAGACUCACUCUGCCAUUCCCGCAUGCUCUCGCUCUCGCCCUCACACGGAGCCCUAAGGCCAGCAGAGCACAGAGUCCAGGAUGCAGACUGGGGCUUGGCUGCCUUCUGCCCGCCCUUCUUCGAGGACCCACUGGACACAUCCCCCUCCCGGUGCUCUGUGGGCGGGUCAUCAGAGGUUGAGGAGGAGCUGGGAGAGGCUGGAGCACGAAGGGCCACCCAGCAGAGACACUGGAGCUCCAAUAUAUCCGCCAACAACAAUAGUGGCAGCCGUGAUCCUGAGUCCUGGGACCUGGGCUACGGGGGCAGCUACACUGAGGACUGCCCCAGCCCAAAUCAGACCCUAUGGGCCUCGCCUGAGCGGGAUCACCCCAUAGCCCAGGAGGACCCCAGAGAGCCUCUGCUUGGGCUGCAGAAAGCCUCCUCUGGCCAGGAGCCAGGCCACUGUCUUGAUCUCCCCCAUCUGUGCCCUGCCCAGGGUCCUGUUGUCUCCCUGGUCACACCCACCUGGAUAGAAGUGGUCAUUAAUGGGGGCGAGCCCCAGGCAGAGCCCAAGCUUGCCCAGGAGGCUGAGGGCUCUGCUGGACCCCAGCUACCCCUUCCCUCCCUUCCUUCCCCUUCCCAGGAGGUAGCCCCGCUCCCCUCAGAGGCGGCUGGUGUCUCUGAUGUCCUGCCUGACACGCCCAGUGAACCUGCUCAGGGUGCUGACAAUGGCAUCAGCUGCUGUCCUGAGGUGGAAAUACCCAGUAGUGAGGACGAGGACACAACUGAGGCCACUUCGGGUGUCUUCACCGACUUAUCCGGUGACGGUCCACAGGCUGAGAAGCCAGAUGUGGUGCCUGCCUUCCGCUCUCUGCAGAAGCAGGCUGGAACACCUGACUCCCUGGACUCACUGGACAUCCCUUCCUCAGCCAGUGAUGGUGGCCGUGAGGUCUCUAGCCCAUCAGGCACUGGCAACCCUGGUGGGCAGCCCCGAGCCCUAGACAGUGGCUAUGACACAGAGAACUAUGAGUCGCCUGAGUUUGUGCUCAAAGAGUCUCACGAGUGUGAGCCCGAGGCCUUCGGGGAGCCAGCCUUGGAAGGGGAGAGCCCUGGGCCUGGGACUCGGCUCUCUGCCUCUCUUGCAGGCCUCAGUGAGAAGAACCCGUACCGGGACUCGGCCUACUUCUCUGACCUGGACGCUGAGUCCGAUCCCCCUGUGGCCCACAAGAAGUGUAGGGGAGUCCAGGUCCCUGGGCCAGAGGCAGGCGUGAAGAGCCCACAGAGCCCUGGGCAACAGUCUGUGCAGCCUUCUCCUGGGCCUGAGGUGCCCAGGGAGGCACAAGGCACUGGCCCCAGGGAGGUGCUGCCACUCGAUGGGUCUUCCCUAGAGCCAAGCGCUGACCCCAGGCCAGAGCCUCUUGAGUCCCAAGGCCCAGCCAAGGGGCCACCUGUGCCCAACGCCAGCCGCUCCAAGCUUUUCCUGCUGACCCCAGUUCUGCCAAGCUCAGAGGGCAACAGCUCCGAGCUCCAGGGGGCCCCUGGGCCACUGUCAGGGCUGACCCAGCAGGAGCGGACAGGGGGCCUGCCUGCCCCUAGAACCCCGCUCUCCCUAGCUCUGCCCGGCCUCCCUGCAGCCUUGGAGGGCCGGCCAGAGGAGGAAGAGGAGGACAGUGAGGAGAGCGACGAGUCAGACGAAGAGCUGCGCUGCUACAGCAUCCAGGAGCCCAGCGAGGAGAGCGAGGAGGAGGUGCCUGGGGUGCCCGUGGUGGUGGCCGAGAGCCAGAGCGCGUGCAACCUGCGCGGCCUGCUCAAGAUGCCCAGCCUGCUGUCCGAGGCCUUCUGCGAGGAUCUGGAGCGCAAGAAGAAGGCAGUGUCCUUCUUCGACGACGUCACCGUCUACCUCUUCGACCAGGAAAGCCCCACUCGGGAGCUCGGGGAGCCCUUCCCUGGAGCCAAGGAGUCGCCCCCCACGUUCCUGGCGGGCGACGCCUCUCCCAGCGCCCCGGCGCAGCAGAGUCCGGAUAACCGAUCCCCUGAGGGCCUCGCGACAGAAGAGGGCGGUGUGUUCCAGUGGGACGAUGACCUCCCGCUGACGCCGGCCAAGGACGCCUUUGCGACGCCCCUGGCGCUGCCCGUCCCAGCCGGGCCCGGGCCCUUCUCGCGCUUCACUGUAUCGCCCACUCCCGCGUCGCGCUUUUCCAUCACGCACGUGUUCGACUCAGACGCGAAGUCUGUGGGAGGCUCUGCAGCAAGUGCUGGGGAUGGGUGUAAAGAGGCUUGAGCCCAAGGCAACUCCCACCCGCUGGAGGCUGGUGUCACCGGAGCCCUUGCCGGGCAGCAGCGAGGAUAGUGACCAGGAAAGAGUGAGGAUGUGGCCCUGGCGGCUGCCAGCAACAGGUUCCAGUGCCUCUGUGACCCUCCCAUCCAUCUCCACCCCCACAGCACUCUGGAGAAGCAGGAGGACAAGAGGCCCCUCUGGCUGGGGCAGUGGAUCUGCCGCACCCCCAGCUCCGUGCUGCUCCUUGGGGGCCAGAGUUUGUCCUGGACACUUGGGUUUGCUGCCUGUCCUAGGGGUGGGGCACCAGUGUACACUCUAGUGUUCAUGUGUGCACAUACUCUGGCAAAGGCCUGCGCCCCUGCAGCUAGGUAGCUGCUGGACACUUGGCCUCUGCAGCCAGGGAACCUGCUUUUCGCCACUAGGAGCCACAUUCCCCUUCUGGUCGGCUCCUUCAGUGUUCACAGGACACUGUGCCCUUGGCCCAGCGAGGCACAGGCCCAAGACAGUAGCAGCCUGGCGAGCCUCUUCCUACCCCCUGCACCCCCUCCCCUGCCCUGCCUGGUUCUGGGUUUGCUUAGCACAAGGAGAGGACUGUGGCUGUGUCUCUCUGCUCCGUCUCAGGGUUUGUGGGUGUUCCCCCUUUCAUGGCCUCUGACCCUAACCUACUCUCCCCAUGGGCUAGGGCCAGUCCCGCCUAGGUCCCACUCCUGGAGGCUGGGCUGGGUAGGCCAUGGUGGGUAGCCAGAGAGCUGGGGGGAAAAGGGCUUGCAGGCUGCACCUCUGCUGUGUGGGCCCCGUUCUAGAGGUGCCCUCAGCAGGGUGGAGGAUGUGGCUCCACCCAUAGGGUACUGCCCAGCCCAGUGCCACAGCUGCCAAAGGAAGGCAGAAGCCGUAGCCCACGGCUCAUGCCAGGGCUCCUGCCGGCAGGGAUGGGGCACAAAGGAGGGGUGUACUGGGGGCUGGGGCAGUGCAGGGAGUAUUUUUGUAACUGCUGUCACUGGAGCAAACGGAAGCGGGGUGAGCUUAAGUUAUUGUUGCCAAAGAGAUGUAAAAUUUAUUGUUGCUUUGGGGGGAGGACUUGUUUUUGGUUUGUGUUUUUUGUUUUUUAUUAGUUUGAGGCUUAGGAUGCUGGUGCAAUGAUUUUCUUGUUCCUUUUCUUGUCUGUUUUUUAAGAGAAAUCAAGCUAAGAAAAAAAUGGCUUUGUGUGGUGCUUUCUUUUGGGGUCUGCAGAUAAACUCCUGGGCAGGAGGGAGGAUGGGGUCCAGCUGCCAGCCCUAGCUUCCUCACUGUCCCACUGUCUUUGGCCACCCUGGUGGCAGGAGAUAAUGUCCUAGACUCCC